UAGAGACAUGGAUUCUCACAUUCUUCAAACUCAGGAAACACGACCAAUCAAUUGAGCUAAAGAAGUAUGGCAUCUCCUCAAGGCAUCACCUUCAGCUUCCCAUACUUCCAACAGCCACCAGCAGCCGCCACUCACCCACCUCCACCGCAGCCGGAUAAGUUCCCUCCCCCGUGGCCUCAUGUUCUCCCUCCACCACCACCAGUCCCCCAUCCUGUGGCCCCGCCACCACCCCACGUCCUCCCUCCACCAACUCCCCAUACCCACCCGUUUGCUCCCCCGCCACCACACAUCCACCCACCACCGCACCCAUUGCCACCACCGCCUGCCCCAGACCACCCCCACCACACGGUCAUAAUCGUCGUGGUCAUCUCAUGCGGGGGCCUCCUCUUCGGUGCAUUCCUUGCGGCAGCCUUGUUCUGCUUCCUCAAGAAGCGGAAGAAGAAGACGCGGAAAGAAACCGAGGUCAUUCACUUCGACGAGCACCGCAAGGUAAAAGAGAAAAUUGUGAAAGGGCUGCAUGGGACCGAAGCGGUCGUACUAUCGAUCGAGGAUGAUAUCCACAUUUCCGAAGAGGUUAAGAAGGAUGAGAAGGUUAGCAAAGGGAGCCAUAAUAAAGAUUUGGAUAUUACUGAGACCUCCGAGGGUUUCGGUACCAAUGCGGAAGCCGGGGGAGGAGCUCCGGGUGGCCCUGCAGGAGAACAACACCACUACCAUUUCCACCAGCACCACCUUGAGAACAAAUCCUAACUGAUUUGCAUUGAGAAGAAUAUUCAAUCACAAGCAAAGCGAUUAACCCUACUAGUUUCCACAAACAUAUUGAUGUAACAUGUAUGGUCAUAUUAAAAUAUUUCAUUCAUUAAAUUCUGGCUGAUGAUGAACAUUAUUACACUUGAAAGGUAUAACAGUACCAUCUCAUUCAUGCAUUUUUAUGUAAUCUGCAACGUUCUACAUUUUGUUAAUAACAACUCAGUUAAUGUAUAUUAAAAAAAAA